AUGGCAGGUGAAGAAAUAAAUGAAGAUUAUCCAGUAGAAAUUCAUGAGUAUUUAUCAACAUUCGAGAAUUCUAUUGGUGCUGUGGAUGAGAUGCUCAAAACCAUGAUGUCUGUUUCUAGAAAUGAGUUGUUGCAGAAGUUGGACCCACUUGAACAAGCAAAAGUGGAUUUAGUUUCUGCGUACACAUUAAAUUCAAUGUUUUUGGUUUAUUUGGCAACUCAAGGAGUUAAUCCUAAGGAACAUCCAGUAAAGCAGGAAUUGGAAAGAAUCAGAGUGUACAUGAACAGAGUCAAAGAAAUAACAGACAAGAAAAAGGCUGGCAAGCUAGACAGAGGUGCAGCUUCAAGAUUUGUAAAAAAUGCCCUUUGGGAACCAAAACCUAAAAAUGCAUCAAAAGUUGCCAGUAAAGGGAAAAGUAAAAAUUAAUUUUUGAUUUUGAAGUACGUAUAUUCAAAAAGUACUUUUUGUUGUUUUCCACAAAAUAGAGGAUAACUGUGUGUCAAUGCAAUGUUUAAAUGUAUUCCUUUUUGAAUUCAUAUAUAAAGUUCACACUAGAAAUUUCUUUAAUGCUGAAUGCAUUUUUCCAGAAAGAUUAAGUUAUCUUUAUUGAUUUUCCUAUAGAGAGCUAUGAGGGUUUUAACAUUAUGGUAUAUUUUAUAUUCAUAAUUUACUGUCUUUUUUUGAUGAAACUCCUGUUUCCUUAUAUAGGCCAUUCUUUC